AUGGAACAACAAUUCAUUCCACCACCGCCUCCACCUCCUCCAUUUCCCUUCGAACAGCCUCCAGUACAAAUUCAACAAAGUUCACCACAACAGCAGCAAACACAAGUGCAAACGGAAAGCCGCAUUUGGUUACAUCCGUGGACAUCAGAUGAAAUAAGACAAAAUGCAUCCAUUUGGUCAUUAGCUAGUGAUGCAGGACUCUUAUUACAUUUGGAACAAUUUUCAACAAAACUAACUGAACGUGCGGAAACAAUUCGCCAUCAUUUGAAUCAAACUGCUCAAGCUGUUAAAGCCACUCAUACACGUGUUCAAAAUUCCCUCAAUGAAUUUACAGCAUUAGCUAAUACACAGUUUAUCGAAAAUCGUGUCUAUGAUGAUGAUGAAUCUACAAUAUCGAAAAAAGAUGAACAACAAACGUCUCAAUCAUCUUCAUCUCCUACCGGCGAUCCUCAACAUGACAAUGUACGAAUCCUUCAAAAAUUUGUCGAAUCAAUUCAGAGUGGUUUAAGUAUAUUGGACACACAUUUUGAACGUGUAGAUACUACACAAGUACUACCUCAAGUGAAUGGUGUUCAGGAUGAUUUUUAUGACGAUGGAAUGGUUAUCGAUGCUAUGCUUGAACCGAAAGAUCCGUACGUUUUAAGACUAUUACCAUAUCUCAUUGGCACAGCUGAAUUUAUCGAAGAUGAUUAUGUUGGAUUAAAAGAAAUUGAUGAAAAAGAAAUAGAAGACGAACAUUAUGCAUUUGAACCAUCGCCAAUCAAAAAUGAUUCUGACUCGGUCAUAGGAAGUUCAGAAACUGAAAGUAUAAAUGGUGAAUACGAUGCUCCAGUAAAACAGGUUAUAGUUCCGACUGGUCAUUCGAAAUUGAAUGAAAGAGAUUUAUUUGCAAAAGAAGAGGAAGAAGAAGCUGGUUUUUUUACUUCUAAUAAGACGGCAACAACAGAUCUCUUUCCAAAAACAACUUCACAACAACAACCACAACUAAAUGAUGCUGAAAAUGAUGACUUAUUUGGCAUUUCUUCGCAACCUCCGUCAACCGUGGCGCCAAAAUUUAAAAACUUAUUUAAUCAACAAUCUGCUGAUGAAGAAAUAAAUGAGACAGACGAUGUAUUUGGAAUAAUAACUACAAAACCAACAUCAUCUCUCUUUCCUACACAACCACCAACAUCGAAUUUAUUCGAAUCGAAUACGGAUGAUAAGGAUUUGUUUGGUGAGACUACUGUCGAAAAUGGAAACAUCGCUACUCUUCCUUCUAAAGAACGAACAGUGACGGGUGGUGUAUCCAUGUUAAGUCCAUCAACGCAAAUAAAAGAUUCAGAUGGAAAAACAGAAUUACAAAAAGCAGUGGAAAGGCGACGAAAACAAAUAAAUUUAGACAAGGAUAUCACUGAAAACAAUGAUGACGACGUACCGGAACGGGUUCAACCACGUGUACAAUCAUUGAAACCACCACUUACGUCAAAUAAACAAGAUGCUAUUUCGGCUCUUGUUCCACAACCAUUAUCCACUGCUCCUCAACCUCAACCUCCAACAACAUCUGUACUUAACAUGCUUAAUCCAAAACCUUCUUCGUUAUUCGUUGAUACACCCACUGAUAAUGAAGAUGACGAUGAUGGAUUGUUUACAGCAACAACGGUCAAAAAGCUACCAACGACAAAAUCUGUUGAGCCAAGCUACGAUAUAUUUAACACAAAGAAGAAAACAUUAUUCGACGAUGUGGAAGAAGACACGGAUAGUUCAUUUUCAUUUGGAAUUAAACAAAAACCAACAACAGUUAUUCCAACAAUUGCACCUACUCAAGUAGAGGCAAAAACGUUUCUAGAUGUGGAAGACGAUAGUGACGAUGAUUUAUUUGGAGUAAAACCUAUUGCUAAAAAAACAACAGCAACUGCGCCAGCUGUUACUACCAUCCCAAUAAAAUCCGUUUUAACAUCACCACAAUUAGACGAUGAGGAUAACGACAGAGAUGAUUUAUUCGGUAUAAAAAAAACUUCAACAACAAAGACUAGUGUUCUCACUGUUAACCCUCCAGUACAACCACAAUCAACAGAUAUUUCAACAGGAAUUAUUCCUAAUCGACAAAUGGCACAAGAUUCAUCAGACGAAGAUGACUUGUUUGGUCCAUCACGAUCUUCGACAAAACAGCCAAUACCGACCAUUAGUUCUACCACAAUACCUAAGAAACAGGAAAAUAUAGUUGAUAAUAAAAAACUAUCAACACCUUCCGUUAUUCAAACAAAAUCACAGCCUCCUGUUGCUACUACACAACAAAAAAUAUUAGCUACAUCGCCAUCUUCCGACGACGAUCUAUUUCCCUCGAUAAUCAAAUCAACCACAGAAUCUACAUUUAGUGGUGUCAAAGUACUUCCACCUUUACAGACAACAAUGAUAACAGAAAAAAAAACAGUUCAAAGUCCAUUAGCUAUGUCUCCCUCAUCGGAUGAAGAUUUAUUUGGUCCAUUGAAAAAAGUGGAUACAAACGAUGAUAAAUUAGCGAUUUCUUCAACGAUUACAAAGAGCCAACAAACACCUCUCUCUACCGCACCGUUGAGCAUUCCUCCUACUACUGUAGUAUCAUCACCGACGGCUGUCAUAUCGUCCCCUGAUGAUGACGAAAACUUAUUUGGUAUAACUGGCCUAAAACCUGUUGUACAGAAGAUCGUCGAUGCAACACCGAUAACACCGAUAAAAUCGGUAUCUGAAAUACAAUCGUCAAAGCCUCUGGACUUACCGGAUGAAGAUGAUUCCGACUUAUUUGGAAUUAAAUCAAAACCAUCUCCAAUUGAAAUAAAAAACAAUAAAAAUUUAACAGAAAUAAAAUCUCCACUUGUCAUUAAACCAGAUGAAAAGACAGAUUUAAUAAAGAAACAUCCUGUUAUUGAAACUAGACCAGCUGCAAAAAAUGAGGCUAAAAAACAAGUAAACAUUUUGGAAGAUGACAGUGAUGAAGAGUUAUUUGGUGAUAAAAAUAAAACAAAAUCUAUAAAAAGUAAAAUUUCUUCAAUUGAAAAAGAGAAUAAUGAUGAAACAAAGAAUAAAAAGCCAGAUGUCAUUAAUCAAGACGAAAAAGUGAAAACAAAUGUUAAACAAUUAUCGUCUUUAUUAAAAAUAAAUCCUUCUGCUUUAAUGCCUGGUGCUAUUCGUCCCAAAUCGUCGAGUGUUCUUAUCGAGAAAGAGGAAGAUGACAAAUUGUUGACAACGUCUGAAGUAGCAUCUAAAGAAGAUGAGAGCACAACUAAAUCGAUAUCAUCUAAUGUGGUAAAAGAUAGAACACCAUCCAUAGUUAAUACUGAAUUGACUCAAGAUCAAACAAUGCUAAACAUACUCAAAGACAAAGCAAAAUUAGCUUCAACUGCUCGUCGUACACCUCCAUCUCGAAAAACACGUACAACUCCAAGUGCUACUGCAAUAGCUAAUGAUGAUUUAUUUCAAUUAUCUUCAACAAUUGAUGAAUCAUCAGAAAUAUUACCAGAAAAAUUACCAUCACCAGAAAUAGUGACAAAAUCUCCCGUAAUUCCAGUUAUUGAACCAAAAUUAGUUCCACCAACAACAGUUGUUGAUAUAAAAAAGACAAAAAUACAAAUUGAUGAUGAUGAUGAUGAUCUAUUUGGUAUAGGUGGUAGCAAAAACGGUAGUAUUACUGCUGCUGCUGCUACUACUACUACAGCUAACGCUCAAAUUGAUUCAUCAAAAUCGCUACUAGUAUCAGUCCCAUCAAUAUUUGAUGAUAAUAAAAUAAAACUAAAAAAAGAGCAAAAAAAAUUUUCAAUAUUUGAUUCAGAUAAUGAAGAAGAUGAUGAUGAUUUGUUUGGAAAAAUAAAAAUACAUCAAAUGGUCCAACUCAGUCGCAGACAGACAAGGCAAGUGAAUAAAAUGUUCAUUCAUGAUCUGAACAAUCUACAAUUUUGUAUUUUCUUAUUUUGUUUGCAGUCCAUUAAACCAGCAGAAAAAGUUGUUCCAUCCACAGCAACAAAAUCAAAAGGAUCUGCUGUAUUUGACAACGAUGUUGAUGAUUUAUUAAAACCUGUUACAAAAAAACAGUCUAGUGGAAAACAGUCUGUGCAAUCGUUAGAGGAUGAUAUUUUUGGCGAUAUUAAAAUACCUAAAAAAGAAACAAAUAAAGCGAAAAAAGAUUGGUCAAUAAUGAAUACAAAACAAACUACAAAUAAUAUUGACACAGAUGAUUUAUUUGGUAGUACAACCACAUCCACUUCGAAAUCUAAACAAUCAUCUUCCUCAAAAAUGGUGAAUAUUUCAGAUGAUAUAUUUGAUGAUCCAUUGAAUUUAAUGAAAAAAACCUAA